GCGACUGGGGCAGCUCAGAGCCGGGCUGGCGCGGGAGGGGUAAAAUCAUGCCCAUCAUGCGGGGCCUCUGGAUCCGGAUCGGGCUCUUCGUGCUCGUGGCCCUGGGGACAGCCGCUGCCCUGCGCUGCUACUCGUGCGAGGAUGAGGAGAACGAGUCGUGUCCGCAACUGGACUGUGCCCCGGGGCAGGAUCGGUGCCGGGCCACAGCCAUGGCCAGCCUCCGGCCCCUCACCCGCACGGCUCAGUGGGUCCGGACCAGCCGCGGCUGCGAUGUCGCCGGGAAACCCAACAACUCUGUGUCCUUCGCCUCCACCACCGGCUCCGUCCUCUUCCUCUCCGAGCACUUCUGCGCCUCCGACCUCUGCAACCGCGAGGACCCCCGAGGCCCCGACUUCCCGCACCCCCGCGGCACCCCCCUGCGCUGCGUGUCCUGCGCCGCCUCCGAGGGAUCGUGCUCGGGCCGGGAUCUGGCCCCGCUGCCCUGCGCCGACCCCCGCGACCAGUGCGUGGACAUCGCGACCCUGGGCGGGCCCCACGACGCCCCGGACGAGCGGCGCCUGAAGGGCUGCGGCCGGCUCUGGGGGUGCGGGGCGCCCCUGGGCUUCCACAGCGCGGGGAGCCUCUUCCUGCUGCGCUGCUGCAACCGCAGCCUCUGCAACGACGACCCGCACGACGUGGAGGUGUCCCAGCUGCCCCUCAACAACGUGACGUGCUACAGCUGCGAGGGGAACCGCACCCACGGCUGCGCCCCGCACGCGCUGGCCGAGCUGCACUGCCGCGGGCCCAUGACGCGCUGCCUGGAGGCCGAGGGCACCCACGGUUCCCGGGCACUGACGUGCCACCAGGCCAGCUCAGUGCUGUUCUAUGGCCCCAGAGGCCGUGUGUUAGAUGCCACUGUGACCCCCAAGACCAACCAGAGCUGCCCCCCGCACACCCCUGCCUGCCUUGCCACCAGUGCCACGCUACACACAGGGGCCAUGUGGGUGACGGCGACCUUCUUGGGGUGCAGCGAGGGGGUCCCCGGGACCACGCUGCCCCCCGGGGCCACGCUGCCCCCCGGGGCCACCCCCCUCCAGCGCUACGUCCAACUGUGCCCCUCUGAUCUCUGCAACGAUGACCUUUACAAGAGCCCCGUGCCUCUCGAUGACCCCAUGCUCCUUGGGCCCAAUGAAGGCCCAGCUCCCCAUGAUGCCACCCAGUGCCUGUCGGGCCUGAGCCCCAAGCCAGAGCCGGGGGUCCUGGAGCAGGUGACCUGCCCCAGGGAGGCCCAGUGUUACCAGGGCAAUGGCACCAUCAUGGCAGGAGAGCUGUCGGUGCCCCUGUUCGUGUGGAGCUGCCAGCCCCAGCCCUGCACCACGGCCCCCGUCCGCCGCCGCGUCGGUCCCCUGCUCUUCACCCAGGAGGGCGCCUGCUGCAGCGGCAGCUUCUGCACGGGGACCGCGGCGGCCCAGAAGAGCCGCAAUGAGUCCCAUGUCAUCCAGGAAGCCAUAGGCCCUGAGGGCACCCCCGCCUCAGUCAGCGCCAGCCUAGCCCCCAAAGGGGGGAACAGGACCACCAGCUGGGUCACCACGGCAACCCCAGGCCCUAGCAACGCCAAGGACCUCUUCGUGAAGCCCAAGGACGUGGCCCCCCCAGCUAAGGGGGGUCCCCAAACCAGCACCUUCCCCUUCCUCUCCACCAGGCCUGCCCGACACCCUGGGGACCUCGGGAAGCAGCAGGGGAUCCCCACCAAGGGGCCGCAGGUUGCUGGAGCCGCCCCCAGCCUCCCCUUCUGCCCCCUGCUGUUGGCCCUGGGCAUCGCGCACCUGCUGCUCUGAGCCCGGGUGCCUUGAGUCUCUCCCCGUGGGCACGGCAGGGCCUGGGAUCUGGCUUUACUUGGGGGUAGGGGGUUAGAAAUGGUGGG